AUGGCGGACGAUUUUCUUCAGGAGACCCCGGAUUCGACUCAGAAUCGCAUCAAGAACCUCGUUGAGGAAAAGCCGGUCCUUCUCUUCAUGAAAGGAAAUAAACUAUUCCCUCAGUGUGGAUUCUCGAAUACGGCGGUACAGAUCCUGGAGUCGUUCAAGAUCGAUUUCGAGACAGUCGAUGUUCUUUCUGACGAUAAAAUCCGUGAAGGCGUCAAAUUGUACAGCCAGUGGCCUACUAUCCCCCAGCUGUACGUAGCUGGGGAAUUUAUUGGAGGGAGCGACAUCAUGAUUGAAAUGUAUCAGUCUGGCGAGCUUGGUGAGAUGAUCGAGAAAGCGAAAGCGGACAUGGUAUAG